UCAAUGGCGGCCGUUACGAAUGCGUUGUGAGGAAUGCUGUUUGCUGGAUGAAGUUGAAAGUUCUAUUUUACCACAGAGGAAUAUCAGCUAGUUUUUUUCAUUUAGGGUCAACAGUUCUUACGUGUUUUGAACUGAGUCUAGUGCGUCUUCCGAAUACUAGAAGUCCAACACACUGAAAAAUUCCAAGCAGUGAUGGGUGAAGGAGAGGAAAAUAAUGCUACCGCAGCUGGGCCUUACACCUUUCGUGGCAUGGAUUAUGUGGUCAGCAUGUGGCUGGAUGAGGAUAACGCCACACUGACUGUUGAGGUUGAGGACAGACUGACCGCAGACCAGUGGAGGGGGACAUUUGAUGCCGCAUAUAUUGAGGACCUGACCCACAAGACAGGCAACUUUAAACAGUUUUCCAUUUUUACAAGCAUGCUGGAAUCGGCCAUCAACAAGACCAGCGAGUCAGUGACCCUUGACCUCUUGACCUAUGCUGACCUGGAGACCCUAAGGAGCAGGAAGGCAGGUGCUGCUCGGAGUACUCUCCCCGGAGCUCAGAAAGCUGCACUGAGUGCCAAGAGAUACCUCAUUGUCACGUACACGGUGGAAUUUGAUAGGAUACAUUACCCGUUACCAUUGCCUUACCAAGGCAAACCAGAUCCAGUGGCUUUGCAGGAAACGGUCAGAGAGCUCCGGAGAGAAAUCAGGAGAUUACAGUCACAGGUGCAUUCUGAUUACAGGAGUAAUGAGCUACAGAGAUUAAAAAAGGACUACGAAGAACUCCUCAAGGAGAAGCAGAACCUGGACGAUGAGUUCUUGCAGUACCGGCGCGAGGUCAAGAACACCACCAAGGGCAGCGCGGCCAAGGAGGUACGCAUCCUGAAGACGGUCAUCAGGAAUCUUGAGGAGGAGCUCAUGAACGAAAGGAGGAAGUUCCAGAAGGCCUCUAGCAAGAGAAAUCAAGAAUACAAGAACCUGAUGGAAGAGGUUGAAGAGCUACGAGCGAGUGAGAGAAACUUGAGGGUUCGUGUUAAGAGUCUGGUCAAUGAGCUGGCUGUCUUGAAAAGCUCCUCAAGACGUGUCAGCAGGUCCCCUUCUCUCCCCCUCCCGUCCUCCCAGGGCUCGGCAUCUCGCCGAUCCAUGAGUACCCUGGAGAGGGCACGCUUGGUGGGUCGAGAGGCCAGCCGAGAAAGGGCCAGGCUAGCUAGCAGAGGCCGGUCCACAUCCAGGGAGCGAAGGCGACCGGCAUCUGUGUCCUCCAUAGGUAGUAGGUCACCAUCACCAGCAGGGGCAAGGGUUCCAAGGUUUGAUCCCACGGCAUACACGCUAGAGAAGAAACGACGUCAGGAAGAAGCUAAAGCAAGGAGGGAGAGACGUCGAAGUCGAACCUUGUCCAGCGGUUCACAGCCACCCCGGUCCCAAGAGAGGGGAAGAUCGCGAAUAAGGCCAUCACCAUCUUAUCCAACUUACCAACGGCCGCGAUCAAGAAGCAAUUCCUCUGUCGUCAGUCGAGGUAGUCGUAGAUCCUCAAGUGACCUGAGCGACAUCGAUCCCUUCUCAGACUCCUCCCAGAAACGGACGAGAGUGCUCAAUAAUGGAAGAAAACAGCGCCGAACAACAUCAACUGCAUGGAAUAGCCCCAGUGUGACAUUCAGGAGAGCUGAUUCCUCAGGGAAGCCCAAAAGGAUGAUGAGCACACCUGACCCUUACCUCGAUCCGGGCAGGGCGCACCGUGUUGCCAACCAAGCCAAGAUCAGGCAGAAAGAUCUCCAGGACUAUGGAGUUAAAGAUCACUCCAUGGGUAUGUAUAACCGCUCCUCCGAGAUGUCAGAAAUUGAUGCCCGCCUCAGUGCUCUGCAAAAAUUGAUGAGUAACAUACCCAAAUAAUAUCUUCAAGAUUCAAUAUAUUUUUUUUUAUGAAUGGUAUAUAUCAUUUGACUUUUUGGGGAGAAAGGGAGAUUUUUUCAAAGGCAAAGAGAUUUUUAGAAACACUGUAACCCUUUUUCAUAGAUAUUGUUUCCAUUAUCUGCUAAGGCUGUUCAAGUAGAUUUUUUUUUACUGUAAUUAGCAGCUUUUAUAAUUGGCUUUGACUGUUGACAGUAGGAAACUGAAAUUUUAUCAGGAGAAAUCUUAAGGUGCCUUUGAAAGAAAGUUGACAUCGUGUAUAUAUAUAGUGUAAAUAUGUACAGACCUUAAGACUGACAUUGAAAUGUUUCUAUAGUGAAGUGAAAAAUAGAGCAACCUGUUCAUUUUUUCGUCAGAUUUAUUUUGAAUCAUUUUGUGGAUUAUCUCGCAUUUCAAAUUGCGAAUUGUCAUAAUUGGUUCAAGUUUCCCCCCAAAAUAAAACAAUAGGUAUAUCUACGAGUUUAUUUCAGAAAAGCCCGCAGGAAUAUAAAAAUAGCAGAAAUUACAGCUACAUUCACUCAAACA